GUGGCGGCAAUGGCGGGAUCGGUCUCGGCAGCGCAGAAAUGAACGCCAUUGACUAGGAGCGGUUCUAAUUCUAAAUAAUGCCGCUUCGUAUUGACUACAUUGACCGCAAGCCGAGAGUUUCCGAACAUCCGUCAGAAAAGUUUGAAUCGCUCUGAUUGAGCAGCUCUGCCAUGUCGGCGCGAAGGGUACCGUCCAAGCGCGUGGAAGGAAGCCAUUCUGGUCCCGGUUUUGAAACAAGGCAAAGACCCUUCCUCAGUGGGAAGUUACCGCCCGAUAGCCCUCACAAGUUGCCUAUCCAUGGCCGAUGGUUCCAUCCCAACCUGUCAGGCCUGGAAGCGGAGCAGAUCCUCCUGGACCAAGGCUGUGAUGGGAGCUUCCUCGCACGGCCCAGCAAAUCCAAGAAAGGAGACUUUACACUCUCUGUCAGGAGGAAUGGUGUGGUCACUCACAUCAAGAUUCGCAACACGGGUGACUACUAUGACCUUUAUGGUGGCGAAAACUUUGCCACCUUGGCUGAACUGGUCCAGUACUACAUGGAGAACCAGGACCAACUCAAGGAACGCAAUGGCGAAAUCAUUGAACUCAAGUACCCUCUCAUCUGUGCUGACCCCACCACUGAGAGAUGGUUUCAUGGCCCACUAGUGGCCAAGGAAGCAGAGAAGCUCCUUCUGGAGAAAGGAAAAAAUGGCAGCUUCUUGGUUCGUGAGAGUCGGAGCAAGCCAGGUGACUACGUUCUGUCUGUGCGCACUGAGGACAAGGUGACGCACUUCAUUGUCCGCUGCCAGGAAGGAAAAUUUGAUGCCUGCGGUGGAGAGAAGUUUGACAGCCUCAGUGAACUGGUGGACUUCUAUCGCAAGAACCCGAUGGUGGAGACAACGGGCACUGUGGUGCAUCUCAAGCAACCAUUCAACGCAACCCGCAUCAAGGCAUCCACUAUUGAGAACCGCGUCAAGCAGCUCUCCAAAGAGAACGGACAAAACAGCGGCAAGGCUGGCUUCUGGGAGGAGUUCGAGCAUUUGCAGCAGCAAGAGUGCAAAAAUCUCUACAGUAGGAAAGAUGGACAGAGGCCUGAGAACAGAGCUAAGAACCGGUACAAGAACAUACUGCCAUUCGAUGCAACAAGAGUGCACCUGCAAGAUGUGGACCCUGACGCCCCAUACUCGGACUACAUCAAUGCAAACUACAUAAAGGUAGAUGACGAUUCCAUUUUUGAUGGCCACAGCAAAGUGUACAUAGCAACACAGGGUUGCCUACAGAACACCAUCGGCGACUUCUGGUCCAUGGUCUGGCAAGGAAAUACGAGGGUUAUUGUAAUGACUACAAAGGAAGUUGAAAGGGGAAAGCCCAAGUGUGUGCGGUACUGGCCAGAUGAAGGCCAGACGAAAGAGUAUGGAAAAUACUGCCUGCAGCAUAUCGCUGACUCAUCCAAUGCAGACUACACACUGAGAGAGUUUGCCAUGUCCAAAAAUGGUGAGUGCGAGACAAGGAGCGUCUUCCACUACCACUUCACUGCCUGGCCUGACCAUGGUGUGCCGUCUGACCCUGGUUGUGUGCUGAACUUUCUGCAUGAUGUGAACCAGCGAGAAGAAUCCAUGCCUGAUGCCGGACCAAUUGUGGUGCACUGCAGUGCUGGGAUCGGCCGUACGGGCACAUUUAUUGUCAUCGACAUGAUUGUGGACCUAAUCAAGAAGCAAGGACUAAGUUGUGAGAUUGACAUCCAGCGGACAAUUCAGAUGGUGCGCAUGCAGAGGUCUGGCAUGGUGCAGACUGAGGCCCAGUACAAGUUUGUGUACUUGGCUGUGGAGCACUACAUUGAGACACUGCAGCAGCGAAUGCAGGCUGAACAGAAGAGCAUCAUGCUGGGUCGUGAGUACACCAACAUCAAGUACUCUGGGGAGCUGCCAGCAGCAGUAGAGAGCACGGCACAUGGUCGGGGCACUCUCCCUAUUACUGGCAGUCCGGCCCCACUGGACAGCAGCUGCAAGAAGCCCGCUGUGCUUCCCCGCUCGUUUCUCACAGACAGUAGCGUGCCCAAGCCACCAACAGAAAUGCCCCGGCAGAUGUACGAGAACAUUCCGCUCCAAGAGAGGAAGUCACCUGUGGGACCACCCCCAGCUUUUGCUCCACCACCACCACCGCCACCAAAAAAAUCGUGACAGCAUUUAAUUCCAUAGAUGCAGCCGCAAGGAGCACCCCAGCUAGCAUGGACGACACUAGUCUUAAAUGAUUUCUUUCUCAUCCGACUGUCCUUUGUUGCUCUCCUGUCUGCUAGCAUGUGUGCUGUAGGUGUUUGUCUCUAUUUUCUCUCUCUCACUUUCAAGAUGACUUGCACACAAGGCCUUGUGCGCAAACUGAUGUGAUUUUGCAACAACUGCUUCCUUGUGUGCUGCUCACCUUUGUUUGCCUUGUGUGAUGCACUCCUACUACUUUGUUUGGAUAAGUACAAAUCAAUAUUAAUGCUUUUUACUUUUGGAAGCCUCCUGCCCAUCUCCUGUGUGCACCAUAGAUAGCUAUUGUUGUUCAACUUAUUAGUGACUGUGGAAGCCACUACAGUGGCAGAGAGCCCUGGAGCAACUCAAUGGCAAUUAUUCCACAUCUAAAUGCAACUUAUAUUCAAUGCAGAUGGGCUCCACUAAGCUUGACAGUGACCACAAAGGCCACACGUGUAAGGCUGAAUUCACACAGAUGUCAAACUUCCUGUCUCGUCAUGGCAUUCCUCAUGAGGCAGCACUUCACUAGUUUCUCCUCAAAAAUGGCACGCCAGUGAUGCUGGUCAAUGCUCUUAAAAUCGCCGGCAUUUCAUUUUUGAGGAGAAACCAGCAAGGAAACACGCUACCUUGUGAUGGAUGCGCGUGCCACGAUGAUGACAGGAUGGGCAUUUGACCGCUGUGUGAAUCGGGCUUAAAUCAGGUGUAAUGAAGGGCACAAAGAGCGUAACAGGUGCAGUUGUGGCCUUCUUUCAAGAACUGUCUUCUCAAAUGAUUUCCAACCAGUCCUGAAGCUUUGUGAGCAAGCAACAAAUGACUUUGAAAAGGUCUGCACAGAAUUGGCAGCUAUUGCAAGAUGCGUGAAGGUGUUUUGCAUUUCACUUCAUCUGUGACUAGGAAGUUUUGCAAAGCUGCACUGCAAUGUUUGAUGGACUUACAAUUGUCGGAUGCAUUAAAGGGGACCUCCAGCACAGACACUGGUUAAUAUUGGGAAAGCAGCAUGUCUGAUUUGGUGUCAAAUUUUUCAAGUAGUUAUAUAAACUAUAGUGCGAAUGACAUGUGAGGAAUUUGCUGUUUGCAAUGAAAUGUUACCACUAGAAUUCCACGUCCACUAGAACAUGUUUUCAACAUGGCUGGAAAAGCUGUAUAUUGUGUUUGCAUGAAUGAUACAAAAUGAUAUGUAUUGAUACAGGUUUUGAUUCUUAAACUGAUGAUUUUGAGAGCAAUAGUAUUGAAAUUGUGAUGUGAUCUAGCACUGCACACAGGUACUUAAAAAAAUAGAAUCUAGUAGAUGUUCAAAACUAGUGUCAAUCAUUCUGUGUUUUGUAGCUCCUCCUUGCCACCUGGAUGACCACCACUCAUGCUUGCAAUACUGCCAGCAGAGCAGUCCAUUCUCUAUGAGUGGCACUACUUUAAGGAUAGCUUGCCUGCAUAACUUAAACUUUUGGUGGUUAACCUAGCAGUGGGUGAACAAAUGAAUAUGGCUGUUUUUUUGUGCACUUUGUAAAACACCCAGCAGCUUGCCAUUUUAUGAUGGUGGGAAUGUGGCAGUACCACUUGCAAAGACCUUUAAAUUAUACUGCAGUAGUGUUGAUGGAAAUGAUCCCAUUGCACAUGACUACACUCACUACUGGUUUUAUAGCGCAAUUAUUGUCCCUGGGACAUUUUCAUAUUGCAAUGCAGAAAUAGUUCUCGCCGAGGUAGCCCGAUUUUCUGAUGACGUAAUAUUUUAAAACUGCCAUACAUUGUGUUACUGAAAUGAAUUGUAACAAUAGUGGGCAUGCAUUUGGCCAGUGAGUAAUGCAAACUUGGGGGCAACUUGUGCGGCUAGCCAUUCAAAUGACAUCACAACUAAAGUGUCAAACGGAACCUGAACCAAAAACUGCACUCAAACAGAAAUUUUAUCCAGAACUUCACCGAAACCAAUAUUUUGAGAAAGUGCCUAAAACCAAACCGUACCUGAACCAAAAGAAAAUAACAGUUACAGUUUCGUGCUGAACCAGUUAAAGCAUAUAGGGUGCUCAAUGGCAUAGGUCAUGUGUGGGUGCUCAAUAGAUGAGCGAUUCUUCGAAAUAUUUACUUCUUCAGGCGGCACGUCCCACUAGCAGGUUUCUAUGACUCCUGAGUUGCGUUGUGUGCAAAAAUAUGAAUAGACCUAGGCAGAGACACUUGCACUUCCAAACACGGCUAUGCUAGUUCUGUCUCACGGCCAAAACAUUGUUUCAGGUGGUCCGCAGAAUCACUGUUUCUGUUGAAGCUCCUAAUUUGGCCAUUAUAGGCUUGCUGCUAUUACUACAUAAACUGUAAAGCCCACAUGCCAGGAUACACGGAGAAUAAAAAUGAUGGUAUUCUCGAGAAGGGAAAAUAAGAAAACCAACGAGCUCAUCUGGCUUCUUGUAACAUUAACACUGCGGUCACUCAUAUCAUUGCAGUCACCGUCUCAGUGUGCAGCAGUGCUUAUUGCAUGCCAUGGUUCAAUGUGCAUUUGGCAUUUCCAAGCAGAUUACUACACCCUUAAAUUUUACAAGUCUUUCCCGAGGCACAGUGUGCGCGAUUUGGACUUUUUUGUCCAUGCUUAGUCAGCAUGAGACUGUGCGACGUACAGUUGUGCAAAAAAGAAUGUCACAAUAUUUAGCACAAACUGUCCUUGUUCAUCACUCAAAAAGGUCAGUGUUUUCACAUUCCUUUAGUUUAAAAAAAAAACAGAAAACUGAGCGAGAUGUCAAUUGCUAGUUUCUUUCAUUCCUACACUACACAGGCUACAGACUAGAAGUUUGGAGUUGUAAUUUAUUAUAUACAAUUUGAAUGUUAUGAUCUCUCUAACAAAGAAAAAGAUUCAAAAAGUAUAGACGACAAAUUUAUGCAGCACAGGACGAGGCAGCCGCUUUUCAUGUUGUCAGCAUCUUGACGCCUGGAUCAAUGCUGCAUCCUCAAAGCCAAUUCUUACCGUUUCAUUUGAAUUCUAUGAGGGACAACAACAGUUCUGCAGUAUACAGGGAAAAAGACUGAUGCAAACAGAGACAUGCCAACAAACAGCCAUCGAGUAAGCAUGUGUCGUGUUAAACAACAUAUGAAUUAGCUGCCUUAGUUAGGACAAAGUAAUUCAUUACUUGACCCAUUUCAGCACAUUUGGAUUCCGUUAAAAUGAUGUGCAAUGUUGUAGUAGUGCCUUUAGGCUCUUUCAACGAGCACUGCUCUCUACUGAAUGCAUCUGCAACAUGUCCUUCCUCUUUUUCAUUGCUUUUAUUGUCAUUGCGCCCUAUAUGUGUGUGUAUUGUAUCACAUCUGGUGCACAUGUAUCAAAUAAUGUAAAGAAGCUUUUUGUUGCCAAAAAGACUUCGUGACACUUUUCAUUUCACAUUUUCUAGAAAUUGUGAGUAUACAAUAUUCCAUUCGAUUGCCGCUUUCCUCAAAUAUUCAUAUUCAAUUCAAUUAGAAAAUUUUCACUAUUCGAACAUCCUCGUAGAUUUCUACUGUAUCCAUGGGCCAGGGAGCCCAUUCCUUCCACCUCCUGACAAAACCUGUGCAUGCAUCAUGCAGAGACGCCUUAAUAUGACAUUUUCUAACGUAUCACCAUCAUAGAAAAAGGUAAUGUUUACUGUGCCAAACCAGUUCGUGAACCAGUUUGCGAAUCAUUACAAAAUUUUAUUUAUUUGAACCUAACUGAAUUCUUUAACGAAAUCAAAGCACGUUGAGCCUGAGUCCACACUGAAUUGGUAUUUUCUAAGGUUUGACACCCUGAUCACAACCAGCAAAAGCUCUUUGACCUAUGCACCAGGUUUUGCUGCUUGUAGCAAGCAUAGUAUCUUGAUGCUGGAAGCCGGGCUAAUUCUGAAAAAAUUUCACCACUUGGGCAGCGAACACCUUAGAAGAUGGAAAAGAUGGGGCAGUCCUGUCCCGUCACCACUGAAAAUGCCUCGUACUCUUGUGAUGAGGUGACCACAGGUGUCUGUGGCACUUUCCACACUGCAGCCUAAGGGCUAGUCACUACCUCAAGGCAGAGUGCCGGAAGCAUAGCCUGCAUUUUGUUGAGGCCUUUUAUUUUUCCAAUGUUGUCCAUGAGGGUUAGCAAACAUUGAGUUUGCUUGUUUUCACUCAGCUAUUUUGCUGGAGUACUGAAUCUUAAAUAUACAGGCACAAAGCUUUUUCAAUAAUUAGAGCUGUUAAAUCAAUGCUGCUUCACCUUGACGAAUGGUCAUAAACAUAUCGCCAGAGCUUUACAGUAUAGGUGGUGUUUAAAAAACAGUGGCUAUGGUGCGCUUCAGUUGCUUGCACUACACAAAAGCAUGGCCUUCUGGGGAAUGCGAUUUAGAAAGCCACCCUAGCCAGCAGCUGCUGCAGCUUGCCUUUCUGCCCUGACACAUGAAGACUUGUUCUGCUGGAAGUAGACCGUGCAAAGUACUUGUGCUAACACUGACCUUAGGAAUCUCUGUACACCGCUUACAAAUCAGUGCUUUGUUCACAUUUUUUUUUUUAAUGUAUUGCAUGUACAAUAAGACAGUAGUGACAGAAAUCUAUGAAAUAUGCCUCCACAUACUCGGUCUACAUUUGUUCAAUGUUGGGCUUUUCCAAAGCACUAGUAUGUAAGUUUAAGCGUGUAAUGCAUGCAUUUGAAUUUGAAAUAUAUUGAGCUUAUGGAAGAGGGCUUGUUUAGGGCCUAUAGUAGUUGGCGCCGACUUGAAAGUUCAGUACAAGCUAUGCCCACUACACCCUCUGUGAAUUCAUGUUCUAAAACAUAAUUCAUGAGGGCCACCAGUAUUGAAGUUUGCCUCUGCCAUGAUGUCACGUGAAUGAGCGAAUAUAAUUGGCUGGUGGACAUGUAUAGUACAAGUGGUCUACUUGCCACUGCAUUCUCGGGUGUUCACGAAGUAUAGUGGGUGAAUAGUGAAACUCAAUAAAGCAUGACUGCAGGCACUAUGCGAGAGAGGGGGCACAGUGGCCCUUCUGUCUCCUGAUACGCAAUAGCUUUCUUGAGUUGAGCUGAUGUUGGGGUUCCUCGGUUUUUGUCAUCUUUCUGCCCCGUAAUAACUAGGUUCUCUCUAUGGACAUUUGUGCCCUUAGAUGAACAGUUGAGGGUGACAUGUGUGUGUAGUGUUUGUGGUUAUGCAUUAUUGUGAGUUUAUGUAGUCUAGUGUAAUGUGGCAUGUUAUUUCUUGUCGACCGCAUGUUGCUAUCCUUCACCUGCCCUGUAGGUGAUAGCUGUUUUCUGAGAAAUAUGCUUACUCUGGGUGUCUGCUGGUUUGGUGGGAUAUUCAUGCCCGCUUCUGAAAACAGACUACACAAAAUACCGAAAACACAUAACUUACCUGCCAAUAUCUGCUGUGCAGUUAUGCUGUUUGUUUGCUUAAGUUGCUACUUUAGGGUUCUUAUAUAUGGUUUGGGCACUAUUCAUUUGCUGAGACCUUUUAUCUAAAGCACUGAGACUUGCUGUGUAAUGUGACUGGUGCAGUACUUGCCUUGUGACUGUUUUGUUGUUGAACUUUCUGUGGGAUGAACUUCAGUUUGUUGUGUGUAUGUUCCAUUACAACCAAUACAAGCGCACAAUUGACUUUUCAUGGUGAUCUACAGCAACACAGUGAUGCGAGUGGUGCUUGUGAACUUGGUUAUGUUUCUUUCAGUGACUGUUGCUCUUUGAUUGAUUUGACUGGCACACUGUUCCAAAAGGCUGAUUUUCACCGAAUCCUAGAACCUGUAUUUGUCAACAGGCUUCGGAAAGGGUGAGUGGCUUCCUUGAUAGUGCAUAAAGGUUGUGCUUCAUUGACCAUCUCGUACUGAGCAUCCAUAUUAGGAGUGGUACACUCUGGAAGUUGAUAAAAAGAAAAGGAGCAUCCACAACGCAUCUGUUAUUGCAACAUGAGAUGUCAUGACAGAUUUUAUUUAAGUUUCUCUAUCAUACACACUGAUUGUACUUUUGUAUGACCUGAGAAUAUUCAGUCAGUAACGAUAAUGUACAGAGCCUGUAUAUAUGUUAUUUGCAGUUUAGCAGCAUGAGCUCAGUUUGUUUUCAGGCGUUGAUAUAAAAAACCGCUUUCAAGGAUGAAUGGAGCAUGUGGACAGUCCACUUUAUGUUUGUUCAUUUUGGUGAGCUCGAUUCAUUGUUCUAUUGCUGUGUACUGUGACAGUGAAUGAGAAAACAAAACCAAAUGGAUCCCCACAUAGUUUUUUUUGUUCAUGUUCCUAGGAACACUUGAGUGCUUAGAAUUAGGAACAAAUGUUGUCUUGGCACCAGCUUGCUUUGUACUCAGCGAGAAAUAGUGUUUGCCUUGAAGGCUCUGCAUUGUAUACUGUUGCAUUGUUCAUCACCAGUGCAGCUGCACAGCAUUUUGUUCGAUGGCAGCACAGCUGUGGUGUGCACUACAUGCUUUCGUGGAUGUGCUGUCUAUACUAGUGCAUUGUUGAGCCUCGUACAAGCAGCUUUUUGCAAGUAGUGCUCUUUUAAUGUUCACUGUGCUUCUCUCUUGUUGGUCUGUUGAGAGCCAAAGCUGUUUGCCGUCCAGUUUGUUUGGCCAUGGCUUAUCUGCAGCACACUAAAAAAGUCCAGGUGCAUCUUCAGUCAUUCCUGAUGACCACGAUAUGUUAGUGCGUGCAUCACCAUGAAUACCUUCCAACUCUCCCAAUCAUGUUGAGCUGCUGUGCUUAUGGAUCAUGCUGUUUACGUGCUUUCUUGCUUCCCCAGUUGUUGAGCAUGUUGUGUUCUCUUGCCAUCAUUCGUGCAGUACUUGGGAUAGCUUGUCCAAAGAACCCAAAUGGCCUAGUGCCCUGGACAUGAACUGAAAAUUGUUACUGCGCCAUUGAGGGAAGGCCUAUCAGUGGCUUACAGAUGUUACACAAAUUUUGUAUGCCCGUUGUUUGUUCUGAGCAUGCUGUAAUUGAGCAUGAUGAAAAAGACAAUGUCUGAAUGUAUGUACCACAAAUAUAUUGUCAAAUAGAA